AUGAGGGACUACGCCGAUAUUGAACAAUGGCUGCGCGGAGGCGAUGGAGAGGAGACACCGGGCGACACCACGGCCGGCAGUGGUAGCACCGAUGAUCUGGAAAAGGUGCAAUACUGGCAUGAGGUGCGACUUCUAGAACUCGAGGCGAGAAAGAAGAAGACCAUUUGCCAGCGGAUUAGCAACUUCAUCUGUCCCCCAAGGAUCGAUCAUUCCACAGCCCUGGACAUGCAGUAUAACCAUGAGUGCCUCACCCUCACGGUCGAGAGCACUCCUGACCCUUUUGUCGUUCGUGCCCAUCGGCAGUAUUACAUGACUUUUACCAAGGGUAACAGGAUCGAGAUAUGGACUUCAAAAUAUUUGGCAUCCUUCGAGGAGAGCGCCAGAAAAGCGGUUAUAUGGAGACCGCCACCUUGUACAGAGCAUUCAGCAGAUCUGUGGGCACCUGAACUUCAUGCCAUUCGGGGAAGAUGGUAUAUCUACUAUGCCGCAGCCAAUCCAGCUCGCGGCAGCGGAAGUCACCGGAUGUACGUGCUCGGAGGGCCCCCAGCGAAUGAGGAUCCGACCCUAGGACAAUGGGAGUUUCUAGGGCGCAUUCUCGGCAUGCCAGAUCAGUGGGCGACCGAUGGGACGGUCUUUGAGCUGGAUAACACGCUCUAUUUUGUCUAUUCUGGCUGGCCGCUCGACGACCAUGGUCAUUCAGAUCUUACCCAGCAGCUGUUCAUUCUGAAACUCGACGACCCGACGAUCGCUGCUUCACAUCCCGUGAUGAUUUCGGCGCCGGAACACACGUGGGAGUUCACUUCUGACGAUAAUGGUGCACAUGGUAUCAAUGAAGGACCGCAGUUCCUGGAGUCCCCGGAUGGCAAGUGGAAGGGUAUAGUCUACUCCGCUGCUGGCAGCUGGACACACCAGUACAAGCUCGCGGUUCUACAUUACAACGGCGGCGAUCCCUUGAACCCACGCUCGUGGCCCAAAAGCCAGCAGCCUCUAUUACAAGCUUCGGGCCACAGCAAAGGUCCGUGGGGCCCUGGCCAUGGCAACUUCCUCAGCGUCGGCGAUGAGACCAUCUGCGUGUUCCAUGGCACAGACAGCCAACACGACGGAUGGGAGAAUAGAAAGGCAAGAUGCCAACGUGUAGUCUUCAGCAAGCACGGCCCAUAUAUGGGCAACUAUUGUGGACGGGACUCGACUGCGAAGCAAGUCAAAGGAAGCUUGGUGAGCCAACUUCGACGACGUUUCAGCAAGCCUCAGCUGGAGCUGAAUCCAGAGGCUUCAAAGAGCUCCCUAAAAUUGCUGCUAGAGAAUUACUAA